CCACCCGACGUCAUGCCGGCCGCGGCAUAUCAUGAACCAUCACUGUCGCCACCUCACGACCUUCCUACCCAUCACACACAAUGUCGGGCAAAGACGAUCUGGACAAGCUGCGCAACUCAUUGGCCUUCCACAUUCCGAAGGAGGGCUCUGGCCGGACCGCCGUCACAAAGGACGACUACCCAAAGUUCAUUGCGGCAGCGAAGGAGCAGGCAGCGAAGGGGAUGAAGGAAGGCGGGCAACCCAUCGGCGCGGUGGUUGUGCACCUCCCCACUGGCCAGAUUCUGGGCCGCGGACACAACCAGCGGCUGCAGCGCGGCAGUCGAGUGCUGCACGCCGAGACAGACGCGCUCGAGAAUGCGACCCUCACGGGCAAGCCAGGAGGCGCGCCGGUCCCCGAUAACAUGAUGGCCGAGUGUGGCAUGUUCACAACUAUGAGUCCGUGUCCGAUGUGCGCGGGUGCGUGUGCCCAGUUCGGCCUCAAGCUUGUCGUCAUGGCAGAGAACGAGACGUGCUCGCAUGGCGAGUUUGUGCUUGCUCAUUUUGGCAUCGAAACGGUCAACCUGAAGGACACCGAAAUGGUUGACACGGUUAACCAGUGGAUUGCAGGACCGGGAGCCAGAACGUGGGGCAACCCAGAACUUGCGGUACCACUCCGUCGCUGGAUUGCUGAAGAGCCCGGAAACCCCAAUGGGUGGGUCCCGUCGUAGUGCGUUGUAGACGUCGUCCGGGGCGACGGGAUGCGAGGCCGUGUGAGACGCCGCGACGCCAAGAUCGUUUAGCUCAGAGUGGGACCAUAGCUUAAAGCGACACCGCCACUCGCCGAAGUACAUGAUACAUGACCACCUGAAGGGCUUACUAAUGGAUCCGAGGAGCGAGCCCUCUGUUGACGCUGAUGAUAAUAAAUACAAUUGACUUUAGUCUGCAUGAUCGCGACGCUUCC